AUGUCCUCGGAAGAAGAUUCAGAUGCAGACAGCGUCAUGGAAUCAAGCGAAGAAGAGGAGGAGGUGGUGGAAGUCCCACAGAUACAGCUCCCCAAUCGGGCUACCAGAGGAAAGCGACUCGAAAAGCUGCUAGAGGAGGAGGACAGCGCAGACGAAGAAUUCUGGAAUCAGGAUUUUUUCCAGGAAGAAAAGGCCGAUGAGGGGUACAGCACAGAAUCCUCCGAGGAGUCUGUUGCAGACUCAGACUUUGAAGAGUCGGAGGAGAGCAGUGAUGAGGAAGGCGUGGAGGUAGAGGAGCGCAGCAAAAGAAAGACUCUCAAGCCGCCAGGCGCGGCCAAGAAGCAGACUCGGCGCCCGCCGCAGCCGCCGCAGCCUUCAGCAGGGGUUCAAUCUCCCCAAGCUGCUCUAGGUGCGGAUGCGGAGCAGCCGGGCAGUCCGAUGUCGCCGACGACGCGAGCGGCCGUCCGGGCGGCUCAGGCCGAUGCGCUGGCAGAGGCUGCGCAGUUCCAGGCGCCCACUCUGCGCAGGUCCACGCUUGUGCGCGUGGAGGAGGCUCAGAAGGAGCGCCAGCGCACCGAACAGAAGAAGCCGCGCAAGGCGCAGGUGCGGGCGGAACACCGGCCGCUGACGCAGGAGGAGCUGCUGGAGGAGGCAGCUCAGACGGAAUUAGAAAACAGCGCCAGCGUCGCGGCGCUGAUGGCGGCAGAGGAGGAGAUCCGCGCGCGCGCCGCCGUGCGCAAGGCCAAGUACUGCGGGCCGCUGCUGCGCUACCACUCCCUCAAGGUCGCCGGCGAGGCCGUGAUGCUGUACGAGAUUGCCAACAUGCUGGCGCCAAAGGAGAUGCAACCCCAGAAGGCACCUGCACCUCCAGCCAAGCCCCUGUGCGUGAUCACUGGCCGCCCCGCCAAGUACAGAGAUCCGGAAACGGGCAUGCCGUACGCGGACGCUGAGGCUUUCAGGGAGCUGCGGCGGCGCACCUCAGAGGGCCGGCCACUGCACUCCAAGCGCACGCAACGGCGGCGAGUCGGCACAGGUGGCUGGGCCCACGUUGCGAGCACACUGCGCGAGGAUUUCCCACACAAUGUUAUGCAGCACUCAGCUGCCCCAGACGCCGCCACGGCUGCUGCGCCCAACGUAAGCUUCAGCGCACCUGCCCCUCACCCGCCCGCAGCUGCUCCCCAGCCGCCGGCAGCUGCCAUGACCGCACCUCAUCACCAGGCGCUCUCCCAACCUGCAGCUGCAGCCUUUCCCUCCUCUCACUCAGCGCCGGGCGCAGUGCCCUCCCUGCCUCUGCCACAGCCGCAUGCGCCGCAGCAGCCAGCUCUUCUGCAGCCUCCUUCAGUCUCGCAAGCGCAGCCGAACUUCAGCACUCCACCUGCUGCCGCAUUGGGCCAGGGCACGUUGAGUGGGAAUUUGCCGCCCGGUGCGGCACCCACCGAACAUACAAGCGGCAGCUUGCAGCCUAUAGACGUGCAGGGCGGUGCACUACUGCCGGGCAGCGCUGCAGACCUGCCCAGCAAAGAUGAGCUGCCCAGCAAAGAUGAGCGGGUGAUGUAA